CUGGUAUGAUCACGUGGUCUUCCAAGAUGGCCGCGCCCUGCAGCGGGGGUGAAGGGACUGUUGUGCAAAGCAGGUUUUAGUGACAGUUCAGAAGCUGCAGGUCUCAGCGAUCAUCUUUAGAGAGGGACAGAGGAGCGUCUAAAAAGCGUGUCAUCACCUCAACCCCGCAGACAUGAGCAAGAGCGAUUUAAUCCUGUAAGUACUGCCGUUGUUAGUCCUAUUUUACAGGAUAACUCAAAGUUUAAGCCAGGAUUAUAGCUGCUAGCUGUUAGGAAAGACAUUACAAAACUUGUCCAUGUCACUGUUCUGAAAAUAUUUUAACAGACACUUUUAAAUGUUAAUACAAUUGUUAUUAUCAUUAUGACAAAGUCCAGCUAUAAUGCAAUGUAGUCACCCAGGGUGGUAUUGCGCUUAAUUUUGUGGCGAAAUCUCAUUUGUAAAAACCGUAUUUUAAUAUUGAUCUGCACAUAUUUAAAUGUAAAUUAUCUCUCUGAGUUAAACAAUUAGUCGACAUAACUCAUUUGAAUGUUGUGAUAAAUUCGGCCCUAAUAAUAAAUCAUAAUAUUGUAAUUCAUUAAUUCAAAAUGAAAUGAUUUUUUGUAUUUGUUGAAGUUUGAAGUGGCCAAACGUCCAUUGUACUUAUAAGUUAGAUAAUAAAAUCUGUGGUCUGUGUGGUUGAAUUUAUGUUGAAUAUAAAAAGUAUAACAUCAUUGUUUCACUUUUUCCUUCCUAAUACAGUUAAGACUAAGGUUCUGAGAGUAGAUCUGCUAUGCCAUAUUGAGAUUGUGUGUAUCAAAAACAGUAAGUUUAAGUCACUAUAAAAGUGUAAAAUAAAAGCAACAUAGUAGGGAGUUUAAAAUGAAUGGAAAGCAUUAUUUUUCAUUACUUUUUUUGAUCCAGUUCAUGAUUCAAUAUUCACCAGUGUUUAAGUUACAGUCAGGAUACAAAGCACCACUGGUACAUUCAGAGAAACCAUUAACCGUUUUUUUCUACUGUUAAAGGAUGAUAAGAAAGCAAAGGAGGGGUAUUUCGAAUAAUCAUGCUAUCAUCAACAGCUCUGCAGCUGGAAAAGGGAGGGACAUGCCUGUCAGUUAGAUAACAGAUGCUUGCUGCUGUAAUGUAGCUGUCAUCCCAUUGUGAUUACCAGGUUGCUUGCUAAACUAAAUUGUAUAAAAAAGAUGUAACUUUGAAACUUGAAUUUGGUCUCUUGACAUUCACAUUCAACAUUUUCUUUUUUACCUCAGGCUUGUAAGGAGCUAUUAUGUAUGUCAAUUUGUGUAACAUUGUAUUAAGUAAAACCUCAGUUUCCUCAGACUGAUCUUGACGAUAAUUCUUUUUUUUUUAUGGGCACAAUGUGAAUUUUCUAUUUUGCUUACUUGGUGAUGUUUCUUCAGUAUUGAUUUUAGAAACCUACCAUAUUUUAUUCUUUUCAGCCCAAAGGACUUCCCUCAGCUCCAGAAUGACACGUUCUUGAGAGCAACAAGAGGGGAAGAAACCGAACAUGUCCCUGUGUGGUGUAUGAGACAAGCAGGACGAUACCUGCCAGGUACUUACGACAGUGCUACCCCUUUAUCCCACCUAAGAAACCGUCCCAGCUCUCUUUAAUAGAAACUUUUUUUCCUUUAUGGUUUGUUUUUACUUCAAAUACAGUGAUUAAUUGCACAAGUUGAGGAUGAACAACACAAAGACUUCAUAACUGCUCUAAGCAGAAUUAGUUUACAGUUUAAAUCUGUUUUACAGAGUUUCGUGAGUUCAGAGCAGGGAAGGACUUCUUCGACACAUGCCGCUCACCAGAGGCCUGCUGUGAGCUCACUCUACAGGUAAAAAAAAAACUUUCCAGACUAAACAUUGUUCAUUCUUUUCCUAUAUCCAAAGCUGUAUUGUAGAGUUUUAUACCUCAAAUGGCUAAAAAAUGUGUUGAAUUGACAGAAGAACUGAUACUUAAGCAUCAUUCUACCCUGUUGGGUUUAUAAACACAAGGAUACUGACUUUAUUACUUUCUGACUUUUAGAGUGAAUAAACUUGAAGGGUAUUUAACAUUUUAAAUUUGUAUCACUCAAAGGCAGUGGCAGUAGAGUAAAUAGAUAGUGUCGUUAACAAGACAGCAAUAUGUAAUUGUGAUGUGUUGCAUAACUACAAGAGAACAAAUUUUUCUUUCUUUCUUUCUUUCUUUCUUUCUUUCUUUCUUUCUUACUGUUCAUCUCUCCCUCCCUCUCUCUCUCUCUCUCUCUCUCUCUCUCUCUCUCUCUCUCUCUCUCUUACUGCUGUCUUUCUUGUAUCUUCUUCUAGCCUUUGAGACGCUACCCAUUUGAUGCUGCCAUCAUCUUCUCUGACAUCCUGGUGAUCCCACAGGUGAGUCUGUUUAGAAUCUGACUCAUCUCAUUCAACUAUAUGCAUAUAUAUACACUCACCGGCCACUUUAUUAGGUACACCAUGCUAGUAACGGGUUGGACCCCCUUUUGCCUUCAAAACUGCCUCAAUUCUUCGUGGCAUAGAUUCAACAAGGUGCUGGAAGCAUUCCUCAGAGAGCUUGGUCCAUAUUGACAUGAUGGCAUCACACAGUUGCCGCAGAUUUGUCGGCUGCACAUCCAUGAUGCGAAUCUCCCGUUCCACCACAUCCCAAAGAUGCUCUAUUGGAUUGAGAUCUGGUGACUGUGGAGGCCAUUUGAGUACAGUGAACUCAUUGUCAUGUUCAAGAAACCAGUCUGAGAUGAUUCCAGCUUUAUGACAUGGCGCAUUAUCCUGCUGAAAGUAGCCAUCAGAAGUUGGGUACAUUGUGGUCAUAAAGGGAUGGACAUGGUCAGCAACAAUACUCAGGUAGGCUGUGGCGUUGCAACGAUGCUCAAUUGGUACCAAGGGGCCCAAAGAGUGCCAAGAAAAUAUUCCCCACACCAUGACACCACCACCACCAGCCUGAACCGUUGAUACAAGGCAGGAUGGAUCCAUGCUUUCAUGUUGUUGACGCCAAAUUCUGACCCUACCAUCCGAAUGUCGCAGCAGAAAUCGAGACUCAUCAGACCAGGCAACGUUUUUCCAAUCUUCUAUUGUCCAAUUUUGAUGAGCUUGUGCAAAUUGUAGCCUCAGUUUCCUGUUCUUAGCUGAAAGGAGUGGCACCCGGUGCGGUCUUCUGCUGCUGUAGCCCAUCUGCCUCAAAGUUCGACGUACUGUGCGUUCAGAGAUGCUCUUCUGCCUACCUUGGUUGUAACAGGUGGUUAUUUGAGUCACUGUUGCCUUUCUAUCAGCUCGAACCAGUCUGGCCAUUCUCCUCUGACCUUUGGCAUCAACAAGGCAUUUCCGCCCACAGAACUGCCGCUCACUGGAUAUUUUUUAUUUUUCGGACCAUUCUCUGUAAACCCUAGAGAUGGUUGUGCGUGAAAAUCCCAGUAGAUCAGCAGUUUCUGAAAUACUCAGACCAGCCCUUCUGGCACCAACAACCAUGCCACGUUCAAAGUCACUCAAAUCACCUUUCUUCCCCAUACUGAUGCUCGGUUUGAACUGCAGGAGAUUGUCUUGACCAUGUCUACAUGCCUAAAUGCACUAAGUUGCCACCAUGUGAUUGGCUGAUUAGAAAUUAAGUGUUAACGAGCAGUUGGACAGGUGUACCUAAUAAAGUGGCCGGUGCGUGUAUAUAUAUAUAUAUAUAUAUAUAUAUAUAUAUAUAUAUACUGUUACUAAUGUGGGGUGAGUUUUAUCUCUUCUCAGCAUGAGAAAUGUCAUGUGUGACUGUGUGAACUUAUUGAAGUGUGUGUAUGAAAGCCCUGAUGAAAAAUUAAUUAAGUAAAAAGAUUAAAUGAAAUAAUUCUGGAAUCAUUCAGGAUCUGAAAUAUAGUCCAUACCCUUGCAAAGUGCCAAAAACGGUCAAAUUCUUAUUUCACAGAUCAGUUUGCCACAUAACGGGCAAGUAUUUGUAUCUAAACAGCUAUUUGAAAAUAACCGCUAUAAAAAUUUACAUACAUAUUUGAUACAUACAUAUAUAUUUACAUACAUAUACAAAUUUUUUAGAUGUGCUCUUGCACUAUCUGUAUGACAGCAGACACACACUCAGACAGACACACAAACUGCGUACAGGAAUGCCACAUGCUGAUCUCUGCAACACAUCAGAGACUCUGCUACAAUUGAAUUAUCAAGACACCAUCAACCAAUGGCCUGUUUGUUUGGUUUAUUUUUAUGUGGCUCUGCAUGGAACUUAAUGUGUUUUUUUCCUUUUUCCUGUGAUCUACUCAAUGUGAGUGUACUUUUGCUGGUUCCCGUCCUGCUCCUUACUGAAAUGAAUCGAUGCUCAUCAGUAACCUCUGUUUUAGUUCACAGGACAGAAGUGAAUCAUGGAUGAAAACAAGUUCAGGCUCAGUAUGUUUUGAGGGGAUGUGCCAAGAAAGUUUGUAUUCAAACCAAUGUUUCAGUAAUCUUUAGGACAGGUUGUGUGAUGCACUCCUCCGGUUACCUUUGAGGACCUCAGACUUUACUUACCUCAAGUUCUGUGUCAGACUGUUUUGGCAUGCGUUGAAGCUGACCUGAAAGUGUACUGAAAUGGUUUGGUUUGAAUACGUGUACCUUAACCACUCUAGAGCAGAUAAGGUGAAUUAAACCUGCACAAAGAGUUAAUUAGCAUCAAUGACAUUUAGUUAUAUAUCCGUUAUGAGUUGAAAGAGAACAAAAACUUAUGUGUAAUUUUGAUGAACCUGGUCUUUAUUCAUCCUUUCGUGAACUUUGUCCCUUCAGGCCAUGGGUAUGGAUGUCCAGAUGGUUUCAGGUAAAGGUCCUACAUUCCCAGAGCCCCUGAAGGAGCCAGAGGACCUACAGCGUCUGCAGGCUAAAGUAGAUGUGAGCAAAGAGCUGAGCUACGUCUUCAAAGCUAUCACACUGACCAGACACAAGAUAGAGGGCAAAGUGCCGCUCAUAGGAUUCACUGGAGCUCCGGUUAGAGAUGAGACACACUCAAAUUUAAACAUAAAGAUAAUGAACCUCAAACUGGGGUAUGAAUUUUAUCUUUUAAAUCUGAUUUAGUCGUUGUUUCUCUUCACAGUGGACCCUAAUGUCUUACAUGAUUGAAGGUGGAGGUUCAAACACCCACUCAAAGGCAAAGCGCUGGCUGUAUCGUCACCCUGAGGCAAGCCACAUGCUGCUGAAGAUGCUGACAGAUGUGGUGGUGCAGUAUCUGCUGGGACAGGUGGCAGCUGGAGCUCAGGUAAGAGGCUCUGCUGUGCGUCAGGUGACGUCAGAUCGUGAGCACUUCAGAAUCAAGUCACAAAUACUACCUACUGAUGUUGGCAGCACCUUAAACACCCCUGACUGAAAUAAAUCUGCUUCACUGUCAGUGUAUAUAUACAUACGUAUAGAGAUAAAAAGUCAGCAUUUUUCCCAAAAGAGUUAACCUGGAUGAUUACAAAAAGUCUAGGCUGAGUUUGCCGACAUUUUCUCCACAGUUUGACAAACAUGGUGUCCUUUUACUGCUUUGAGCUCCUCAGGAGGUAUUAAGCACCCUCUCUGCUCAUGUCUUCUCAAGCUCUGACCUUCUGUCCGAGCAGAGAAAAGGGAGAUAAUUUUGUUUAACGUUGAAGUAUCUUUGAGAGGAUUUGAAAACCUUCUAUGAUAACACAGUUAAUUUAUAAAUGCUGGUGAAUCAAGUGUAAAACCUUGAUGUGAAAACUUUGAUGUGACUGAAAUAGGGGAUAUUAUACGGUCAUUUAAAAAAGAUCUUUAAAGACCCACUGCGAUGAAAAUCAUGGUUUUCUUGGUGUCUACAUGUUCAUGUGGCAUUUUUCCGAUGCUACAGGACAUAUGAAAAAAUAAGUGCAAAAUUGCAUUUCUGAGUAUUUCUGUAUUCAAACCUCUCACAGACCCAAACGGCAGGCUCAGGUAGAGUGAGAUUUCCUAUGUAGCUCUGCAGGCCAGACUCAGAAAAAUAGAGAGAAAGAUCGCGGAACAAGCGUGUGCGUUAGUGAAUUGCAAUGCUCGUAGUUAUGAUAUUAACUUUCAUCAUGUCCCCCAAAGACAUUAGUGUCCCAGGGCUGAAUAGCUCCUAUGUUAUCUGCCACUUCUACUACACUGGCAAUGUUGGGCUACUGAGAAGCGUGAAGAGAAGCGUGCAGAGCAGCGCUGUCUCCACCCACGACUCAGAGGUGAAUUGCUAAUGAGCUACUGGAGCUCUGCAGAAGAAAAGACCUUGAAAAUGACCCAGCUGACAUGAUUUUGGCUAAAAACUUUAUAAUUACAAUUUAAAGACCACUGAGAACACUUAAAGUGAAAAAAAAAAAAACAUCACUCGGAGUUGGACUGUAGGUGGAUGCAUCUUUCUGCUUGAAAGUACACUGUCACUCCGGGCUUCUUGUAGGGCUAACAUGAUAUUAGAUUUUCACCUCAUGAAAACUGUGGCCAUAGAAUAAUGCACCAACAAUACUAAUUCAAAAUACAUUGAAAACUUAAAAAAAAUAUAACAAUAAUAAUAAUUAGUCAAAUAGAAUACAGGCAAGACAAUGGUGGGGCAACACAUCUUUUCAUAAACUGUAUUAAUAAAUGUAGUGAACUUACAUUUCUAAUGAUUUUCAAAUUUGUGACUAAUCACCACCCCCUUUGACUGAAACGUCCUUGCCUGAUAAAAAUGCUAGUGUCCUCAGUGGGACCACACUGUCUCCUUUGGUUUGGUGUUAGGCCCAAGGAACAAUUAGCAAACCCUUAACAGUUACAAAGCUUAAGCAGCUCUGGAACUUGACCAUGUAAUGUUUUACACAUAAAAACUGACCAUAAGCCAUGUAAAGACUUGAGGACGGAUUUACCAUAAGACUUUUUGUUGUUUCUGUCAGCAGCUUAAGGGCAGCAGUUUGGAUUACUUGUACAUGGUUUAGAAAUGAACUGUUAAAAGAAAAUUACAAUAAUCCAGCUGAGAUAAAGCAAAUGUAUGAAUAUUUAUCUCUUGCUCAACCCUGGACACAACACUCACACUUAAAAGGCAAAAAGAGGAACUAACCAAUUUACUACAUUACACAAUUAUUGACAUUAUUGACAUCAAGCUUAGGGCUUGGUCCAUUUGGAGACCAAGAUUGUGCAGGAAACAGCUGAGUAUAAAACAGCAAGACUUGUCUUUACCUCAAAAACUGUGUAUGCAGGGGCAGAGAUGAGAUGUACAGUUUAGGAAACAAGUCUGCAUAGAAAGGUAAGGCACAAGCCUGUAAAGUUCUUGUUCCUGGGAGCAGAUGCAAAGGAAACCACAGAGGGUCCAGGAGGGUACCCUGGGAGACACUACAAGAGAUUCAAAGUUAAUCUUAUUAUUAAUAUUCUAUGUAAGUAAUGGGUUUAUUAGAUUAAAUGGUUUUGUUCAAUUGAAAUUUUGAAGAAGGAGCAUUUUUUUUAUCACAGCACAAUUUGAUCAGCAGAUAAGAAAAUACAAUAUGUUAAUUUAGAAGUUGUUGCAUCACUGCUAGAAAAAAAAACAAACAGACACGGUAGGUAGAGCCCAAAAGUGAUAGAUUUACCACUGAAAUUCAUCAGAUGGGUUUAAAAACCAACUUAGGUUAAAUGCAAAUAUAUUUCAUGUUGGCUGACUUCUUAAAUUAAAAGCUGCAUUUUUAUUUUCUCUCUUUAUCAACCCCUGUAAGAGUAAAUGUUGAGUUAAACUUGUUGUGUGUCAUAGGGUUUGUCUGCAGACUUUCAUGAAUAAGUUUUCCUCUUCUGUGGGUGUGUAUUUGCAGGCUCUGCAGGUGUUUGAGUCUCAUGCAGGUAUUCUGGGCCCAGCAGAGUUUAAAGAGUUUUCUCUGCCGUACCUUCGAGACAUAGCUCGCUGUGUCAAAGAUAAACUCAAGGAGACAGGACAAGACGUCCCCAUGGUGAGUGACAGCGGCACGCAGGAGCAUGUAUAUCUGCUAUUUAUAGAUGUACAUAAACAUCUCUACAUUGGGACUUUCUUCUCCUAUGUUGUUCUUAUUUUAACUUUUGGAUCAGUACUUUUGACAAAGUCAGCUGCUAAUGAUGAGCACCACACAUCAUCCAAAUGAGUCAGCUGUGACAGCUGUGUCUAUUUAUUUUUAUUGCUCUUUUUUUCUGUUUCUUCCAUGGUAAUAAUUACUCUCUGUAUAAGCUUCAAUACUCUGUUCUAUUCUUAUCAUCACUCUGUUGCUUCAACAACACUGUGUGUCCCAGGAGGGGUCAUUAAGCAUCCAUCUGGUCUCAUGAAUAUAACACUUCCACUUCUUACCACAAGAUGGCAGCAUUUUACCAAACAUUGAUGCAGAAGUUGCUUUGAAGAUCUGCUGUUUCUACACUUUUCUGUCUGUUUGUGUCACAGAUUGUUUUUGCAAAGGAUGCUCAUUACGCUUUGGAGGAGCUGUCUCAGUCUAACUACGAGGUGGUCGGACUGGAUUGGACUGUUGACCCGCGAUCUGCACGGUAACACAAACACACAUCCACACAGACACACACUCUACCAUUGAAAGCACAAUGAAUGCUGCUAAUAAUCAGAGUAAAAAGAGAGCAUCUUCAACACCAGCGCUAAAUCAAAGCUCUAUGUGAAGUCUGUCACAGGAGCUCUCUGGCUGUCUGGUCAAGUUGGUUGAGUUGAGUAUAGAAGCGCCUAUCUCAUUUCAGACAAUUUAAAGGGUCAAACAUAAGAAAUUAUGAAGUUUUUUGAAGAUAGCCUCACGGGUAUGUUUUUUUCAAUCAAUUAAAAAUGUUUCAAGUUUUAGCUGUACUUGUGGUUUGGAGAUUUCUGGAAGUUAGUGUAAUUUAUUUGUGAUUACCAUGUGUUGUUUAAACAUGAGAUGACUUAACCAUUUGAAACAGCAUCUGGGUCUGACUUUGAUAUUCGAUGGCGAAUAUAUUUUAAUAACACUGGGGCCUUGUGGCAGUGGGGCAAAGGUACAAAGUGUGAACAGUACACUGCAUGUGAAAUAUUAUACACUACAGUUUUGUAGCACACUGAUGUGCAUUUUAAAGCUCCUGUGAGGAACUUUUGGUUUGUUUCAAUUUUGGCUCCCCUUAUAGACAGAGCAGUCUUUGCUUAUCUUCUCCUGGGGAGUUGAUUAAAAAACAAACCUCCACCUGCUGACUUUGAACAGUAAAGGGUUUCAUUUUCUGCAAAUGUUUAAUGUGGAAAAUGUAAAAACAGAGUUUUAAUUCAGUGGCCUCUCUGAUGCAACAGUUUCAGGGAAUCAACAUUUACAGUAUGUUUAAAGAUUUUUUUUUUUUUUUUUGAAAGAUUUUCCUUAUUUUUAAAUGACUUUCUCAAGAGAAUAAAGUUGUAGUGAAAUCAUUGUCUUACAAGAAUAAGGUUGAAAGAUUAUCGAGUGGUGAGGUGAAGAAAGCAAAGUCCUUUUAUUGGCACAAAAAUAAAGUCAUAUUGAAGUCAUAGUAUUUCCAGAACAACAUCAGGUUGUGAGUUCACAAACACAAUCCAUUUUUCCCAAAAUUGCAUGAAUGUAUCCACCCGGUGAUUUAGUGAGAAGGUCAUUCUCUUCAUAUUCUGUACAUUAUUCACAAUAUCUAUCCAGUCAGUCACUGCUGGGGAAACUACCUGCAUCCACCUUUGUGUUACAGCUUUCUUGCUGGCCGCCAGUAGAAUCUUUAACAGAUACCUGUAUUGCACCAAUAACAGAAUGGAUUUUUACUGUAUUUAAGUCUUUUAUUUUAACAGCAUCAUUGCUUUUAUUUUGAAAAUUAGAAGCUUAGAUGGCAAAGGCACAAGCCAAGAGACAGGAGGCUUCAGGCUGCUGCCACACAGUCUUGGUCUUGUCUGCAGACAUUUCAGGACAGGCUCUUACGGUCAUGGUUGAAGAUUUAAAUCACUGAGAUAUCUGAUCUUUGUUAACUGCAACAAAAAGGUGCAAAGGUUCAGCCUGAAAACCCACAGUCAUGAUCAGACUGCAGAAAAUGUUUGCACCAAGCACAGUUUAAGUUCUUGUUUUUCUUGAGGAGCAGUUUAACCAUUACUGACCUCUCCUUCUUCCCUGGUUGCUUAUCGGGUGCAGAAUUUAAGUCAACAAACAUCUGAGUUUCCUGCUCGGCUCAUCAAAUACUUAACCUGUUGGUUAAAAGAUUACUCUGUGUAUGCUGAUUGUGUGUGUGUGUGUGUGUGUGUGUGUGUGUGUGUGUGUGUGUGUGUGUGUGUGUGUGUGUGUGUGUGUGUGUGUGUGUGUUUUUGCAGGGAGCGUACAGGAGGGAAGGUCAGCCUACAGGGAAACAUGGACCCCUGUGCUCUCUAUGCUCCAAAGGUAACCUCAGCUCCUCUUCAGCUUGGCCUCUGUUAUCGACUGAAACUUUUUUUUUCCAGUUUUGUUUAAAACUGUUGAGUAAAAGAAAAAUGAACAACAUGAAAGUGCUUCAGUCUAACCCAUUAACCUGUCUGAUAAAGGCUGAGUAGUUCAGUGCUGACAGCACACCCUCCAAAGUGUAAGUUAAUUAUUUUUUUUGUAAUUUUUCAAUAGAAUUUUUUUUUCUUCCUCUUCUGACCAUGACAGCAAUCUUAAAGUUGGACAGAAUAACAAAGACAAUUUUCUACACUUUAAUUAAUAAGUUAUUCUACAGUCCAGAUAAAAUGCCACCAGUUGAUCCUUGGAUAUUCCAGCGUAAAUUUAAGUCAUGGUCAAACAAACCAUAACACUGAGUCAGACACCCCCUCAAGAGAUGAAUGUUGCCAAAUACUUGCUUCUCUAGUUAUACCAACUUCAGCAAUGACCGCACAAUAGCAAUACACAGCGGUCUGAGGAGCCAUGAACAAACCUCAACUAAAAAGCCACUCUAUAGCCACAAAUAAUGCUGAGAACAGCACCUAACUUCAUCAACAGUACAUAUAGGGUCCCUGCCAUAGUACUAGCCAUCAAACAUUUUUUUAGCUUUGCCUGAUUUCUUUAGCAAAGAGAGUUAACACAACUCAUCCAUUCUCCUCCAGCAGUCUCUUGUUUGUGGGGGAGCCCUGACAAGUCAAUCACCGAGUGCAGCGGAGUUUUGCAGUUCAAGGAAGAAAAUUUAUGAUCAUUACUUCAUGGAAUGCAAUCAGACCGUAACGCUAAGGCAGAAGAACUACCGCGUCUGCAGUGCAAAAUGAUUAUUAUGAUGAUUAUUACUGCAUGGAAAUGAUCCGCUGCACUCGGUGAUCGACUCGUCACGGCUCCCCUCCACAAACAAGCUGUUGCUGGAGGAGAGUGGGUGAGUUGUGUUUAGUCUCUUUGCUAAAGAAACCAGGCAAAGUUAAAAAGAUGUUUGAUGGCUAGUACUAUGGCUGGGACCCUAUAUGUACUGUUGAUGAAGUUAGGUGCUGUUCUGAGCAUUAUUUGUGGCUAUAGAGUGGCUUUUUGGUUGAGUUUUGCACUUGGAGGACGUAGACUGCUGUGUAUUGCUAUUGUGCGGUGUUGAAGUUGGUAUAACUAGUGAAGCAAGCGUUCAGCAACAUUCAUCUCUCAAGGGUGUGCCUAACUCAGUGUUACAGUGUGUUUGACCCUAAAUUAAUUUUACACCGGAAUAUCCCUUUAAGGUUAAGAGGAAAGUCUUGUACUUGGUUAAACAUGGGCCAUAUUUUCACUUAUUUUACGCUCUUAGACUCUAAUAGGUGUGGAGAUGCUUAAGUAGAUUGCUGCUGUUGCCAGAAGUAACAGGCUUUGAAGGCUGCAGUGUAAUCUUUCAUGGCAAAUGUCCAAAGUGUGUCCACUCUAAGUGCUUGUUUUUAACCGCGACAGGCUCAGACCAGGAAUAAAAGCCCACAAAUAGGAGAAAUGUUACAACAAUAGAUGUUUUAGGGAGAAGAAAACAGUUUUCUUUAAUGCCACAACAAGAAAUCUUUACAGAGUGCAGGGAGCUGCAUUUCACCACAGGCUUUAUCUCUAAAUUAAAGCUGCUUUAAGGAACUUUUAGAGUACAUCGCCUACAUUUUUUUCUUGAGUCUUAACCAUAGACUGUAUAUAGAAUGGACAGCAUCUGCCUCCUCGCUGGGUGAAGCCACUUCGAGAAAAGCACCCUCUGUUGAUGGGCUGCAGUAUAGGUCAUAAAUCCCGCCUCCUCCAGCAAAGCUUAUGGGGCUGUGGACCAACUUUAGAAAUUUAUUACACAGAACAUAAAUUUUUCUCCCCCCUGCUUGUGAUGUUGACAUGUAGUUACAGUAAGACUGUUUUGUGCUCAAGUCCUCUUUUUUCUGUGCAGCUCCGUUUUUAAAAGUUAUUAGGGUUAUAAGUUAUUUUCUAUGAUUGACACCUGAUACAGCCUAUGGGUGCUCAGGGAUUGCGUACCUCACCUGGGGGGAUACGCCGUUUGAGCCGAGCGUCAUUACACCGACUCUCGACGACUGCGUGGCAGAAUGCGCACAUCGCUACUGCGCAGCGCUGGUUUCAGGAAAUGAAGAAAAAUCCAGGAAAUACUGAGAGCUAUUUGGCUUCAAAUCCGUAUACAGGCGGUAGGCGGAACCAAGUUGUCCAUAGUAUAUACAGUCUAUGGUCUUAACCCUUCCCACCAGGGAUGCAUGAGAAGAUGCAAGAAAAAAAAGAGGGAGCACAGGGGAAAAAAGACAAGAGAUGUCCUUUCCCCUUCGCGUAAAGCUACGUCUCUUUUACAGUCAUUUUCUUAGAAGAAAUGAAGUUGAAGAAGAAUCAUUUCUUAUAAGAAUAAAGGCGUAGUUAGGUCAUAAUAUUACAAAGAAAAAGAAUCAAGUCAAAAUGUUACGAGAUUAAAGUGAUAUUGUCAUUAGAAUCGAGUUUUUAAAAGUCCUCAUGUUACGAGAAUUAAGUUUUUGUAAAGUGGUCAUUUUCGAGUACAUGAGCAGUCAGCUGUCUGCAGUUUGUGUCUGUGGUAAAAGUAAACAAUUUUUUGGGCUGUAUUUUGAUAAAUGUGUGUUUAUUCUGGCACAUUUGAGGGCCAAAAGUGUCUACUGGAGCAUGUGUUAAAACUUUGACAACCUUUUCAUCAUUUAGACUCAAAAACAUGUAGAAAUAUAUGUAUGUAUAUAUAUACUACAGGCCAAAAGUUUGAAAGCAAGGCUGUUACAGGCCAAACAGUUUGGAGUAACUUCAAGUUUUUGUUCACAAUGCUUUUUUUAAAAUCCAGCAUGAGUUUUAUGUAUUUUGGGAUGUAUUUACUUCAUGAACAGAUGUUGCUUUCAUGGAAAUGCAGCAUUUUACUCCAUUUGCCCUUAGAUAUACAUUGAUGUUAACAGACCAUUGCUAAAUAUAUGUCAGCAAAAUAAAACAAGGGCUUAGUUUCAGGGUUGAAAACAUUUGCAAGAGUCACAACUUCAGUGCAAAAACAAAAAACAAAUCACAGUUGGAUUAUUCACUUUGACUUUUGGCUUUUGAGAGUCUGCAUACAAAAAUCCUAAUAAAUCUCAACUGUGUUCAAACUACCGCAGAAAUGGCUAGAAAAAGCAAUUGAGUAAAGAAACAAAAGUACAGAUUCAUACAUUGAGGAAAGAAGGAUACACAGAAAGAGAAAUUGCAAAAUGCCUUAUGGUGUCUAACAAAGGAGUCCACUACACUCUGAGGAGACUAGAGGAACCUGAAAGUUAUGAUAAUAGAAAAAGGCCUAGAUGAAAGAGAGUUACUACAAAAGCAGAGGAUAAACAUAGCAUUGUUUAUGUCCGCAGACAAACUGGUGAACUUCAGAAAGCACCAUUAAGCACCAUUAAGCAAGGAGGUGGUAGUUCCAUGGUAUGGGGAUGUUUUGCAGGUGAUGGAGUAGCAGAUUUGUUUGAUGUAAAGGGUAUCACGAAGAAGGAACAGUACUACUCCAUCCUCCAGCACCAUGCUGUUCCAUCUGGACUCAGAUUUGUGGGUCAUAAGUUUGUUUUGCAGCAAGACAAUGAUCCUAAGCAUUCUGCCAAACACUGUCAGGGUUACCUAGACAAAAAAGAAGAGGAAGGUGUUCUUCAAAAGAUGGUUUGGCCCCCUCAGUCUCCAGACCUUUCUCCAAUAGAGCUUGUGCGGUAUGAAUUGGAUCGAUCGGUCAGAAAAGCGCGUCCCACAAAUCAGCAGUCUCUUUUUUAAUGAACUUAAGAAAGCUUGGAAUGCAAUCCCUGCAACAUACCUUAAAAAACUUGUGGAACGAAUGCCUGGUAUAUGCCAAGCUGUUGUUAAAGCCAGAGGAGGUUACUUUAAAGAAAGCAAAGUCUAAGCAACAAUAACUCAAAUACCUAAUAAUUCUAGUCAAAGUGUCUUCUGAUAAGUUACUCUUCACACAAUAGUCAUGUUUUUUUUGUUGCAAAUUAUAUAUAUGAAACUAUGAUCUUUUUUUGAACGAAUCUGAUCUUGCUUCCAAACUUAUGGCCUGUAGUGUGUAUAUAUGCUUCAAAAAUACCAUAAGUCCCCUUUAAUCCACUUUUCAUCUGUCUUCCUCUUUCAGGAAAAGAUCUCCAACAUUGUGAAGAAGAUGUUGGAGGGUUUUGGUGUAAGAGGCUACAUCGCCAACCUGGGCCACGGUCUUUACCCGGACAUGGACCCGGAGAAUGUGGGCGCAUUUGUUGAAGCUGUGCACCAACACUCAAAACAGAUGAUCAAACAAAAGUAGAGUAGGAUGAGUCUGUGUAAGCCAAAGCAGUUUAAGAGUCCAUUCCUAUAGAUUUAUACAGCUCAGAAAUAAAUACAUCAUCAGAAACAGAAAGAAAAAAAAAAAAACAUCAGUAUGUUUUUCCUCAUUCUCUUUCAGGGUAGGCUGUUAGCAUGAACAAGAUGUUGGUUUGUCAGCGAAGAUUUUCUGCUCAUCUAAAAUGAUGUUGAUCUGAGCAGAGUGGAUUAUGUGUUUUUAUUCAAGAGGCAUGUCAUUCCUUUUCCAAAGACACUUACAGUUUUGUGGGAUUUGUAUUAUAAUUGGAUUUAUUGAAAACUGCUCAAACAGCAUUGACUUAGAGAUGAAAAAUAUUUGUCAUCUAGUCAAACUGAUCACAAUGUUGCUCCAGCACUCAGAAACACAAACAGAGACAGACCUCUCUGACAGCUUUUUACAACUACUCAAAGAUUUAUGCAGUGAAAAAUAAAAACUCAGAGGAGAACAAAAGUUUGUAAAGUUUAAAAAAAAAAAGAGAGAAGUGACUGCAGUGAUUAAAAUCAGUCUUUAAGGAGAGAUGUCAGCGUUUAGCUGUAGAUCAUUAACAAACUCCUCUCUGGAUUGCAGAUUGAAGAGCUGUAUUUUUACUCCUGCAGAUAGAAAAAGCUUUCAGGAGAAGAUGCCUUUUUCAGUUUUUAUCCUUUACCAUUAAUACACUUUUGGCUUCUAAUUUCAUCGACCCUGAUUUUUAGAAGAAGUGGCUGAUGGAGUGAAUCAUGAUGUUACCUGAAAGGUUACCUGUGACUGCUGUUUGUGAGUUUGAAAACCAUGAAUGUGAGACUGGCUGUGUUUGUUUAAGUCAAUAAAGAUGAUUUCAUUUGUAGAUUA